GAGGUCUGUUUGCAGUGCAUUCAGAAUUGAUGCGUCUGCAAGUGAACUAGUUUCCGAACAGAUAUAUGAAGAUGAAGAUCCUGGUAGAGUUGGGUCUGAUCAUCAGUUCUCUAUCACUGGUUUUUUCUCAUGUAGCCCUCAAGAGCCCCCCCGCAAGAAAAUAUGAUCUAGAUUUUUUAGAUAGUGCCAGAACGUCUGGGUUGUGUGGGAUGAAUCCUGGUUCUGAGUUUACACAGUUAGAAGUUGGUUCACAGCUGAAUGUAACCUGGCACUUGGGGUAUGCUCAUAGAGGAGGAUAUAGAAUAGAGUUAAUCAGUGGGUCUGGUGAUAUCUCUACCCUGGUUCCUGCAGGAGGAGGAGAACAGGAUUGGGAGGAUGCAGGACAAUUUUCUCAGGCUCAUCUACUAACCCUUCCAGCACAAGCUUGUCAACAGUGUACACUGAGGCUUCUUAGACAGGCCACAGAGUGGGGGCGAGCCUACCAGUUCAGAUCCUGCAGUGACGUGUCUCUAGUCAACCCUGGAGAAAUCACGAACCUCUGCGGUGCUCAUGGUACCCUUGUGAACGGAGGUUGUACAUGUCAGAGAUUGUACAGUGGAGACAGAUGUCAGUAUAAGUCCUUGUGCAGUACUGACGAUGACUGCAAUGGCCCCAAGGGUCAGGGUAAGUGUGAGCUGGUCAGCAACGCAAUCUUUCAGGAGAAACAGUGCUUCUGCAUUAAAGGAUGGUUUGGAGAGCAGUGUGAGAAGAAAAAUGGAUUUGAAGGAGAUGAACGGGAGUGGGACGAAGAUAAGUUCUCUAGUAUCCAGUUAGGAGACAAUACUGGGUUCUGGAGAGUUCAGGACGGAGAAGUGGAGAUCAUAGUUGAAGCAAGCACUCUUACCUGGGUUGGGGUUGGUUGGAGACCUGCAGAUUCAACUAAAUCCUGCCAAAGGUUUCCCUCGGACGCACCUGCUCCUCAAGGUACUGAUUUCCAUGCCAUGGACUGCACAGAUAUUGUGAUCGGAGUUGCUAGAGGAGAAACUGGUUCUAUCUCAGAUUUCUAUACAAGGGACAGAUCAACUCCAAGACGAGACACAUUUUGGGGUGGCGAGGACGACAUAACCAGCGGAGCAGUCUGGGAGGAGAAUGGAAAAACCUUAAUGAGAUUUAAAAAGAGAAUUGAUCCAGGUUUAGCAGAUCAUGCUUUCCAGGGUAAACUACAUUUUAUCUGGGCUACUGGGCUCCUGGAUGAUUCCUAUCUUGAGGAUCAGCUGAAAUAUCACGGAAACACACAGAGAGGAAUUGUUAUUGUCGAUACUCCGUAUACCUCCUCUACUCUUCAUCCGGUUCUUAUUGGAAUAACAAUAUCUGGAGCAUUUUUAGCUUUCCUUUACAUAGUUCAGAUUAUUUUCAACAUUGAUAGCAAAUGUUCCUGCCUUGGUAGAUUCAAUCCUAUGAGGAGUAAUAAGUUUUCUCCUCCGACCAACUAGAUAUUUCUGGAACAGUCUCUUUUUGAAAUGUUCCAACACGGCUUUUAAACCAUAGCUAAAUAAUUAAAACUUUAAAAUACA